AUGAUGACUAUUCAUGGAGUGGCUGCUUAUUUAGAUCAUCUUCCAAUAUGGAUAGAUACAAUUGGUGAGAAACAACAUAAUGAAAGAAGAAAGCCAUUUACAUUUGAAGCAAUAUGGGUGGGGGAAAAGGAAUGUGCUAACAUCAUUGAAGAGACUUGGAAGUAUGGAGGGAGGCAGAAUAACAUGGGGACAUUUAUGCAGCUGAUCUCAAAGUGUGAGAAGUUCUGUAUAAAUGGAAUAAGGAUAAAUUUGGGAAUGUACAAGCAAAGCUUAGAAAAGCUAAGAAGAGCCUUCAAUCGAUACAAGAAUCAAAUCCAAGGUUCACAAGGACUGAUGACCAUAAGGUUGCUAGAUAGGAAGUGCAAAAGUGGUUGGAGAGAGGAAAUAAUGUGGAGACAAAGGUCUAAGUCACUUUGGCUUAGAGAUAGUGAUCAAAAUACUAAGUAUUUCCAUUCACAAGCUUCUAUCUGUAGGAAGAAGAACAAAAUAACAAAGUUGAAAGAUGAGUCUAGGGUAUGGAAAGAAGCAGACCAGAAAGACAAUCUCAUUAUUGAUUAUUUUCGAUCUCUAUUCUCAAUUGAAGAUCAGCAUGAUCCCAUGGAGUUUCUGUAUCAGAUCAAUUAA